UAAACGCUGAUGUGUUACCUUCAUUGAGAUCUCGUUACAAUUGAACUUCAAGCCUGUGUUUGGUAUAACAGUCCAUCCAAAUUGCUCAAUACUGUACAAGUCGAUGUCAAAAAAGGACCUACUUCGCGUACGUGAAAAAAGCAGCAGCACAGGGUUGAGGAACUAAUGGCGCCCAAAGGUAAGGUCGGAACUAAAGGCAAGAAGCAAAUCUACGAGGAGAAUGAGGCGACACUCAAGUUCUACAUCCGAGUAAUCUUGGGAGCCAACGCGAUAUACACUGCGUUAAACCUCUUGGUCUUCUAUAGCUCUUCAACGUUUUGGACAUGGUUUGCGCUGGUGUUUGCCCUGGCAGUGUGUGUGGGCAGUUACCGCGCCAUGUCUGCCAUGGCCCAAGCAGUGUUUGGUGAGGAUGGGGGUCUGAUUGACGGUGGAAUAGAUCUGAACAUGGAGCAGGGGAUGGCAGAGCAUCUGAAGGAUGUUAUCCUGCUAACUGCUAUAUUACAAGUGCUCAGCACCAUCUCCUCCUGCUUCUGGUACCUUUGGCUGCUGGCCCCGGCCCGAGCAAUGUUCCUGCUGUGGGUGAACUUCCUAGGUCCCUGGUUUUCGGCCGAGACCCCUGGUGCAGCCCCAGAGGAGGUGAAUGAGAAGAAGCAGAGACGACAGGAGCGCAGACAGAUGAAGAGAUUCUAACUUAGCAGACUGCCGUAGUAUUUCUAUACACAGAAUGAAUCUAAGUACAGCCAGGAACUCUACAGUUAAGUUAUUCAGGAGGAACUUUUGAUGUGUACACAAAGACAUCCAGGUAUGGAUAAAGAAUUCAGCUGAACCCUGUGGGUUAUCUGGUUUUCCUCUCUCCCUAUCCCUCCAUCCUUCCAAUUCUUCCUCUCCCCUCUAUCAUGAUCCUUUCUCUUCACAUCUGGAGAGGAAAUCGUCCUUGUUGGGCUGACGAUCUCGUCACCAGUACAUGUUGUCAUAUACCUUGGCCUGUAAUUUGUUUACAUCCAAUUGUUCAUAAUCUAGGUCUAUGUAUCACACCAAUUUCAUCUGAACUAGUGAAAAGGAUGUGGUGAUCUUAACCUAUGGCAGACCUUAUAUUUUAGACUAUGCUCAUCAGAUCACACGCUCAUGCCCAAUUCCAAAUAGGCCACUAGCCACUACCAUCUAGGUGCUAAUCUAGACCAAGGGGGAACUAAUUACCUAAAUUUCACAGAUAUUUAUUUCAGAUCGACAUGCGGUGAAUAGGGCUAGGUGUUGGUUUGGAAUUGGGCAUAUGUGAUGAAGGUCAAAAUUAAAUCUGAUUGUGUUUUGUCUGCAAUGCACAGUUUAAAGGCAAUGUUCUCGUGGAGACUACAUUCACUGUUAAUGCUGCAUAUGUUGGCUCAAUUGGAAAGGACUUUUACACUGAACAAAAAUAACAACGCAACAUGUAAAGUGUUGGUCCCAUGUUUCAUGAGGUGAAAUAAAAGAUCCCAGAAAUGUUCCAAAUGCACAAAAAGCUUAUUUCUCAAUGUUGUGCACAAAUUUGUUUACAUCCCUAUCAGUCAACAUUUGCUUAUAUAAUCCAUCCACCUGACAGGUGUGGCAUAUCAAGAAGCUGAUUGAACAGCAGGAUCAUUACCCCGGUGCACCUUGUGCUGGGGACAAUAAAAGGCCACUCUAAAAUGUGUAGUUUUGUCACAGAUGUCUAAAGUUUUGAGGGAGCAUGCAAUUGGCAUGCCCACUGCAGGAAUGUCCACCAGAAUUGAAUGUUAAUUUCUCUACCAUAAGAGGCCUCCAUUUUAGAUAAUUUGGCAGUACGUCCAACUGGCCUCACACCCGCAGAAGACGUGUAUGGCUUCAUAUGGGCGAGUGAUUUGCUGAUGUCAAAUUGCGAACAGAGUGCCCCAUGGUGGGGUUAUGGUAUGGGCAGGCAUAAGCUCCGGACAACAAACACAAUUGCAUUUUAUCAAGGGCAAUUGGAAUGCAUAGAGAUACCGUAACAAGAUCCUGAGGCCCAUUGUCAUGCCAUUCAUCCACUGCCGUCACCUCAUGUUUCAGCAUGAUAAUGCACGGCUCCAUGUUGCAAGGAUCUCUACACAAUUUCUGGAAGCUGAAAAUGUCCCCGUACUCCCAUGGCCUGCAUACUCACGAGACAUGUCACCCGUUGAGCAUGUCUGGGAUGCUCUGGAUUGACGUGUACGAUGGCGUGUUCCAGUUUACACCGAUAUCUAGCAACUUUGCACAGCCGUUACAGAGGAGUGGGACAACAUUCCACAGGCCACAAUCAACUGCCUGAUCAACUCUAUGCGAAGGAGAUGUGCCGCGCUGCACAAGGCAAACGGUGGUCACAUCAGAUACUGACUGGUUUUCUGAUCCACUCCACUAAAUUUUUAUUUUAAGGCAUCUGGGGCCAACAGAUGCAUAUCUGUAUUCCCAGGUCAUGUGAAAUCCUAAGAUUGGGGCCUAAUUAAUUUAUUUCAGUUGACUGAUUUCCUUAUAUGAACUGUAACUCAGUAAAAUCUUUGAAAUGGUUGCAUGUUGCGUUUAUAUUUUUGUUCAGUAUAAAUGACACAUUGUCUAAAUCCGCAAUCAGGUUGUAUCUCGGCCCUAAUCAUUGUUAUCGCUCCCAUCCUUCACAAUGCUUAAAAAUGAUUUGAUUACAAACAAUAACAAUCGUGUACAUUUUAGCAUUUCUUCACAGCAUAAAUAAGCGAUAGGAAAUGUAGUGCCUUCAGAAAGUAUUCAGACCCUUUGACUUUUUCCACAUUUUUGUUGAUACAGCCUGAAUUUAAAAUAGAUUUAAAUAGAGAUUUUGUCACUGGCCUACACAUUAUACCCCACAAUGUCAACAUGGAAUUAAGUUAAUUAUUCAACCCCUUUUAUGGCAAGCCCAAAUAAUUAUGUGCUUUAACAAAUCACAUAAGUUGCAUGGACUCAUUCUGUGGGCAAUAAUAGUGUUUAACAUGAUUUUAGACUACCUUGCAUCUCUGUACCUCACAUAUACAAUUAUAUGUAAGGUCCCGUCAGUCAAGUAGUGAUUUUCAAACAUUGAUUUGAAAGACCAGGGAGGUUUUCCAAUGCCUCGCAAAGAAGGGCGGCUAUUUGUAGAUGGGCAAAUGUUUACAACAUUGUAGUUGCUCCACAAUACUAACCAAAUUGACAGUGAAAAGAAGGAAGCCUGUACAGAAUAAAAAAUAUUCUAAAACACGUUUCAAACAAGGCACUAAAGUAAAAAUGCAAACAAUGUGGCAGAGCAAUUGUUUUUUUGUUUUUUUUUGUCCAAAAUAAAGUCAAUGUAUUGUGUUUGGGAAUGGAAUGUAGCUAAGCGAAGGCAAAAUCCUAGAGGAGAACCUGGUUCAGUCUGCUUUCCACCAGACACUGUUAGAUGAAUUCACCUUUCAGCAGGAUAAUAAUCUGAAACACAAUGCCAAAUAUACACUGGAGUUGCUUAGCAAGAAGACCCUGAAUGUUCCCGAGUGGUUAGGUUAGUUUUGACUUAAAUCUACGUGAACAUCUAUGGCAGUACCUGAAAAUGGUUGUCAAAUGUCCUAGCAAUUAUCAACAAACAUUUGACAGAGCUUUAAGAAUGAAAAAUAAUAAUAAUGGUGGGCAAACGUUGCACGAUCCAGGUGUGGAAAGCUCUUAGAGACUUACCCAGAAAUACUCACAGCUGUAAUCUCUCCCAAAGGUGCUUCUACAAAGUAUUGGCCCAGAAGUGUGAUUAUUUAAUUUUCAAUGCAUUUGCAAAAAUGUCUAAACCUGCUUUCACUUUGUCAUUAUGGGGUCAAAAAGUAUAUGUGUACAGUAGAUGGAUGUUGUUCCAUUUUUGAAUUCCGGCUGUAACACAACAAAAUGUGGAAUAAGUCAAGGGGUAUGAAUACUUUCGAAAGGCACUUUAGUAUACCUUUUGAUGUGUAGCCAUCAAAAUGCAGAUAUGAUAACUGUCGUCUCAGAUCCUCAAACGGGCGUGAUGGAGGGUAGAUUGUAGAAAACGUCCUGUAGCUAAUGCUUCCCCAGUGAGUGAGUUAUUGCCUGAGUCAUUGAUGAGCAUAGACAAGGUGCUAGGAAUGGGACAAUGACCUGACUGCUGUUCUUGCUUUGCCAAAAUCAUGUUUGAAUAAUACACAAAUGAAAUGGAAGUAUAUAUUGAUGCACUGGUAGUUAGUUGGCAGCAACUUGUGUGAUUCAAUAUGCCUAUACAAUGGAAGCAUGUCAAAGCAGGGGUAACAUGGUGGCUGAUUUCUUCAGAAAUGUCUGCCCUAUUAUAAUUAGCCAACACAGUACCAGUCAAAAUUUUGGAUGCACGUAGUACCAGUCAAAAAUUUGGACACCUACUCAUUCCAGGGUUUUUAUUUUUUACUGUUUUCUACAUUGUAGAAUAAUAGUGAAGACAAACUAUAAAAUACACAUGGAAUCAUGUAGUAACCCAAAAAGUAUUAAACAUAUUAACAUAUUUUAUAUUCUUCAAAGUAGCUGCCCUCUGCCUUGACAGCUUUGCACAUGUUGGCAUUCUCUCAACCAGCUUCACGAGGAAGGUUUUUCCAACAGUCUUGAAGGAGUUCCUACAAAUGUUGAGCACUUGUUGGCUGCUUUUCCUUCACUCUGUGGGCCAACUCAUCCCAAACCAUCUCAAUUGGGUUGUCGGGUGAUUGUGGAGGCCAGGUCAUCUGACCCGUCUAAUGUCCAUUGCUCUUGUUUCUUGGCCUAAGCAAGUCUCUUCUUAUUAUUGGUGUCCCUUUAGUAGUGGUUUCUUUGCAGCAAUUGGACCAUGAAGGCCUGAUUUUACGCAGUCUUUUCUGAACAGUUGAUGUGUCUGUUAAUUGAACACGGUGAAGCUUUUAUUUGGGCUGUAAUCUGAGGUGCAGUUAACUCUAAUGAGCUUAUCCUCUGCAGCAGAUGUAACUGGGUCUUCCUGUCCUGUGGCGGUCCUCAUGAGAGCCAGUUUCAUCAUAGCGCUUGAUGGUUUUUGCGACUGCACUUGAAGAAACUUUGAACGUUCUUGAAAUGUUCUGUGUUGACUGACCAUCAUGUCUUAAAGUAAUGAUGGACUGUCAUUUCUCUUUGCUUAUUUGAGCUGUUCUUUCCAUAAUAUGGACUUGGUAUUUUACCAAAUAGGGCUAUCGGCUGUAUUUCCCCCCUGCCUUGUCACAACACAACUGAUUGGCUCAAACACAUUAAGAAGGAAAGAAAUUCCACAAAUGAAAAUAACACCUGUUAAUUGAAAUGCAUUCCAGGCGACUACCUCAUGAAGCUGGUUGAGAGAAUGCCAAGAGUGUGCAAAGCUGUCAUCAAGGCAAAGGGUGGCUACUGUGAAGAAUCUCAAAUAUAAAAUAUAUUUUGAUUUUAACACUUUUGUUUUGGUUACUACAUGAUUCCACGUGUGUUAUUUCACAGUGUUGAUGUUUUCACUAUUAUUCUACAAUGGAUAAAUACAGAAAAACCCUGGAAUGAGUGGGUGUAAACUUUUGGCUGUAAGCCUAGAUACUAUUGCUACAAAGUCUUAAUGUACAUAUUAUUCAAAUGAUUUCAGUAUAUAAACAAUAACCUGUCAUUUUAUGUAAUUUGUUUUUUUUCACAACGAUUUAACAAAUAUAUUGUUUGUGUUUUCAAUAAAUGUAUAUUAAAGUAACCUUUUCACGA